CUUUAUUCUUUCCAUAGAAGUAUUAAUAAGUACCCUUUUUUUUGGCUGAUAAUCAAUCUAUUUUAUCAGAAUUUAAAGCAUUUAUUAAAUUCCUUUUUUCUUCUUUCUUUACUCCACAUAUACACCUACAAAUGGGAAAAUACAACCUGGAAAAGGCGCAUACUUUAACAAACGGAUAUGCUACACCUUAUACAACUUGGGACAAUAGUGACCUGAAAACCAAAAGACAGAAAGGAGAUUUUUUUAGUUUGUUUAAUGAAAUAGACGGAAUAGAGGCAGAUGCUGAUCAGCACAUAAAGGAUGCGAUCUCUCAGAUCGAGCGAGAUCAAGCUAAACGAUUAGAGGAAUUGAGACAACAGCAGGAUCUUGACAGUGAAGAAUCUCUCGUGGAUAAAGCUAAACAGCUAAGCACGAAAAGUGUGAUUAUUUCGUUUGAUACAUUAAAGCUCGAGUUUGAUGAAGACAGUAGAGGGAAUGCUUUGUUCAAAAUUGCUCUAAUGGAUGAGGAUAUAAAGCUGCAUCAGACACCUACAUGGCCUGUGCCAAAACCUGUGCCUAUCAUGAGCUUAGAAAGAAUACUGGUCUUGAGGAAGUAUGAAAAGAUGCAGCAUGGUAUUGAAGACAUACCUUUAUCGACAUCUAAUCCCAAGGUUGCAGAAAUAUACAAGAGGCUAGGCAUGUUUCUAUCUCGAUAUAAAAUAGGGAAACUACCUAGGUCAUUCAAGAUCAUGCCUAUGCUCAAAAAUUGGGAAGAGGUGAUCUAUCUGACUCAGCCUGACCACUGGACACCACAGGCAAUGUAUGAGGCAUCUAAACUGUUCAUGAGCCAUAACACAGUACAGAUGCAAAAUUUUAUUAGCUAUGUGCUCUUUCCUUAUACAAGGCAGCGUAUCACUAAUAACAGCAAUUAUCAUCUUGAGUAUCCCGUCUUUCUUGCUCUCCAGACCGCUUUACUCAAUGCACGCAUCUUCACUUUAGGCUACCUUAAACCUCUUUGUGAAUCUGGUGAAUGUACUGCCAUGGAAGCCUCGGUGAUUGGCUGUAUCAUGGCACUUCACACCAAAUUGAAGCCAGUCCCUAUUCUGUGGUCACUCAUGUCCCUCCCAUUCAGUAUACCAACCACAUUGUUUAUACUCGUUGCCCUGGAAAGGAAAAGAAAGCGUAUACCUCGUGCAUUUUACAGACCUUUGACAUAUUAUUUUAUACGAGCUGCUGAAUCGGCAAAUCAGUUACCUUAUAUUUGGUAUCAAGCCCUCUAUGUGUUUGCUAAAUAUUGUGCAGAUGAGCUUGACAAGUCGGAGCUAUAUCGAUUGAUGAAACUGGUUCGUGCUCGGAAGGGACAUUAUGUGGAUAUGAUCACAAAUAUACAAAAUGUUUUGAUGCCGCUUUUACCUUUGCAUAAACCCGAUGAUUUUGAUAGUCCGGCUGAUGGAGAAGAAGAGGAUGGGUUGAAAAAUUUUGAAGAAGAGAUCUUGAGUGAUAGUGAUAUUGAAAGUUCGGACGAAAGUGACAGUAGUUAUCUUGAGACAAACAGUGACAGCGAUGGUGAUGAUGAUAGCGAUGAUGAUGAUGAUUAUGUGCCUAAUCCUGUGCGUCAUCAGCACGAUGACAUGGUGGUUGAUUAAUAGCAUUAAAGUCUUUUUACAAACAAAAGAGAGAAAAGGGGGGUCCAUUCAUUUCGUGUUACGUAUCCUAAACAGGGCUCUGCAUGAUUUUUUAUUUAAAACUGGCUUUUUGGCACCAAAAUUGUAUUAAAGAAAGUCCUUUUGUAUACAAAAUACAUGAAUCAUGUGUCAAAAAGGAGAAGGGGGGAAGUGUUUGGUUACUCGCAGUAAUCGAUUGUGCGUUUGAUGAACCAUCCUCUUGUGAACAAUUUUUUU